AUGGGCAAGCUCCACCAGGUGCGCGUGUUCUUUCUCGGCGAGGCGCCGUCCACGGCGCUCGAGCGCCGCCUCGUGCGCAAGAUCGACCUGGUCGUCAUGACGUUCUGCACGCUCCUCUUCCUGUCCAACUACCUCAACCGCGCCAACUUCAACAAUGCCUACCUCACCGGCAUGAAGGAGGACCUCAACUUCCGCGGCAAGCAGUUCAACCAGGUCAACUCCAUGUUCACCGCCGGCUACAUUGUCGGGCUCUGGCCGAACAAUCUGAUCCUUCAGGUGGUGCCGCCUCGAAUUUGGUUGCCGUUUUGCGGUGCGAUGUGGGGAAUCCUUUCGGCGUGUCUGGCUGCAUGCAAGACGCCGCAGCAGGUCAUGGCGAUCAGGUUCCUCCAGGCGCUGUUUGAAUCGAGCACGUUUACGGGAUGCCACUGGAUCUUGGGAUCGUGGUACAAGGAGGCAGAGUUGGGUAAGAGGAGCGGGAUUUUCUCGACGUUCGCGCAGAUGGGCAGUUUGUGGUCCGGAGUGAUGCAGGGUCGGAUCUCGCAGACGAUGAACGGCCAUUUGGGACUCAAGAGCUACCAGUGGCUGUUUAUCAUUGACUUUUGCAUCGCCAUCCCCAUCGCCGUGUUUGGAUUCGCACUCUUCCCGGAUACCCCGCGCAAGACCAAGGCCUGGUUCCUUACCGAGGAAGAACGACAGUGCGCAGUCGAGAGGCUUCCUGCGCAUCAGCCGACGAAGAUGUCCUGGGAUUUGGUCAAGCGAGUGUUUGGACGCUGGCACAUCUACAUGUUCGGGCUCCUCUUCGGCUUCGGUAGCAUGCUCGAGAGCGCGGGCAUCAACAGCGUCAUGGGAUUCUGGUUCAAGUCGAUGAAAUUCUCCAAGGCCCAGAUCAACUACUACCCGCUCUCGCUCAUCAGCAUUGCCAUCGUCACCACCAUCAUCGCAGCCUACACCACCGACUACCUGCGCAGCCGAUGGUGGGUCAACCUGCUCAUGGCACUCAUCAUCACCAUGUCCUCCGCAAUGCUCCUGGCGUGGGACAUCCCCUACGGCGCCAAGUUCUUUGCGUUUGCCAUUCAGGGGACGGGCUACAUGGGACAGGCCACCAACUUCGCCUGGGCCAAUAUCGUGUGUGCUGCCGACGAACAGGAGCGCGCCAUGGUGCUGGCGGGCAUGAAUGUGUUCAGUAACGUCGUCAACUCGUGGUGGAACAUUGUGCUUUGGCCUGCAACCGAUGCGCCAAGAUACCGCAAUGGCUGGAUUAGCAUGUUCCCCCUCGCCGCCUUCGUCGUCGUCGUCUCGCUUGCGAUUGUCGCCCUCGAAAGAAGGGAUAGGAGAAACGCCGACGGCCCCUAUGCCAAAGACGAGGCUCAACACAACACGCAUACGCUUCACCAAGCAGGCUCCGAAUCCGACUCGGCCUCGAUUAAAGACAAACCCACCGCCUCGCUCUAG